CGGAGACAGUUGUUUAUAUUCGUGUGGCUGUAAUUCGUCAACUCAUCUAGUGAGCUUGGAGGAAGAUUCACUAUUUCAACCUAGUUGGACGACUAGGUAACAACAUCUAUAUAAAUAGCGGAAAAUAAUGGAUUUUUGAAUAGAUAUAGGAUUUGAUUUGCCCAAUAAGUCCAUGGAUCAAGGAAAGUAGUGUACAACAUAGUUGAAUAGAAUCUCCUUAUGUAUGUGAUUUUAAAAGGAGGCGAAAAAUAAGAAGGUAGCCUAGAUUAUGAAAUAAGAACGUUAUUUCACAAAGGAAGCAAAAGCUACAGAAACACAGGCGGCAACAUAAGAUAGGAUAAAGGGACAACAGGCGCAGCAGAGUGGUGACCUGGCCAGUGCGCGAUGUUUGGAAUGAUAAAGAAUACAAUUUUCGGGAACACCGAAGAAACGGACUACAAAUUGCUCAGCAGCGAGACCAAGGAGGGGGUCAGCUACGAAGUGCGGAGGUACGAUGGUGCAAAGUAUGCCUCAGUGAGCUCAGAGGGGCGGACCUUUGACCAGGUGACGGGGGAGCUAGUGAGGAAGCUGCUCGUGUACAUUGGGGGAAGCAACGACCAAGGGGAGGCAAUGGGGACGACAGCACCGGUUAUCAUCACAGUGUAUCCCAGGGACGAUGGUGUGAUGUCACGCCGUUUGGUGGUUAGCCUCAGGAUUCCCACCAACUACCAAGUCAGUCCCCCUGUGCCCACCGACAGUGCCAUCAGGAUCGAGGAUCGACCCGGCAUGACCGUCUACUCACUGCAGUUUGGAGGCUUUGCAGGGGAGACUGAGUAUCGAGCAGAGGCCUCUCGCCUAACCAAAACUCUGGGUGAGACUGCCCCUUUUCAGAGGAAACAGUACUUCUGCUGCACAUACAACCCGCCAAUGAAACCCUACGGCCGACGCAACGAGGUGUGGUUCCUACAGGAGGAGCCAUAAGGGCAGCAUUAUUAAGACUGACUCUUAAUAAUAGUCUAUAGUCGCUUCCUCUCAUCAUCUCCUCUCCUUCGUCUUCACUGAUUACUCAACAUCUUGAUCUUCAUCCCAAAAAAAUAGGAUGUGUGAAAAUAAUAUGGGAUUUGUUUUCAAAUCAGUGCAAAUGAAGGAGAGGUGAUGCAAAGAAUACUAUUAGACUAUUGAAAGGUCAUAAGGGGAGGGAUGGGCAGCGGGCUAUAUAGUUACUGGCCCAAAGUAGUGCAAUAGUACAGUACCAUUACCAGUAACUGGAUAUUAAGUGGCCUAGUAGUAGGAGCCACUAACCACAAAGUACUGCUGUGUGUUAUAGGUGGUACAGAUGGUACAUCAUUAACUCAAGUUCAAAUUUUGUACACCCAGGGGUUGACACUCCGCUUAAAAUAUGCUUCAUAGUGCUUGGAAGAAAAGCACAUUAAAUCAGGCUGUACACAUAUCACUAUUCAGCAGUCUAAUUAAAUUAUGCUUCACGUCACACACCAUAAAAACAAAAUUACAGUUAAGUAUUCAAUAAGUCAUUAAAUUAAGUUUUAAAAAGCACCCUUUUCCCAGGGGAGGGAAUUGGAAAUAAAUUAGGAAUUGAGCCAUAGAGUAGUGAUAGUCAAAUGUUUUCCUUAGUAUGAAUUAGUUGGUGGGGAGGAUAUGAAGGAGAAAUAUAUUAGUCAUUCCUUAAAUGUUAUCUUUCGAGAUGUCUAAUCCUUCUGUGAUGAUCACAUUAACAUUAUUCAAGACAGCAGUUGUGUGUAGUGAAUGUUUUGGUGUGCUUGUAUUUGAAGUCUUGGAAUUGUAAUGUUAUUUAUUAUGAUUCUUGAAACUAUUUAAAAAUACCUCUGUGUAGUGUGUGAUUUUCUGUGAAAAUAUGGAUUGACGAUAUCGUCAUGGUUUGAUAGUGUUUCAUAUCAUAUUAAUUAUGUUAUUCAAGAUACUACUAAUAAGAUUUUUUGUGCAAUACUGACGUUUAUUUUUAUUUUUUAGUUCUAUACACACAAAAAAUAAUACUUAAAAUACUGGUACACCACUGUUUUGGAUAGGUUUUACAUAAACAUCUAUUUAUUAUUCAUUAUUAGAUUUUGAAUCAAUAUAAAGAACUCCAAAUAAGGAAUGGGGUUUACAAACAAGAUAUUUCACAGACAUUUGAUUAAUUUAAGCAGAUAAUAAUUAUAACCAACCAAACCUCUAACCUAAAACUAGUACAAAAUGUCCUCUCUAUGCACUCUGAGAAAAGUCACUACAACCCAGUUUAAUCAGGAAUAAAUUAGUGGUUUUCACAGGUUAAUUCGUCACAACUGCAAGAAAGCACUGUGUAGCGGGCUAACGGCUAAAUAAAUACACGGCCUAGUAACCCCACACUUGUGUAAUUACACAGAGAGUAGGGUUUUGGUUUCAGCCGGGCUUUGCAUUCAUCAAUACAAUAUACAGGGUUUGACUGGGGCAUGGGUUAUUCAUGUGACCAGUUACAACAUCAUCUCUAGGCUCAAUACAAGUUAUUUGCGAGAUCUAGGAACAUCGCACAUUACCAAUAAUCUCACAUAUGUAGCGGUACAUGUCAGUACUCCAUCCAAUUCCCAUAUUCAAACAACAUGCACUUCCUUC